AUGCCAGGUUUCUUCAAUCUUUCUUCGGUCUUGUUUUUCUUGAUCACUAUGAUUGUUUCGAUUGCACCUCUCGAGGCUAAGCCUAUGACUUCAAUGGGCAAUUCUCACAAGCAAGCUCGAAAUCAUUUAGAGACCAGAGCCACGGCCACCACUCUGCACGCUACUGGCCAUUAUCUUGGAAAAAAACCUACCCAGAGUUGGAUCUCCGCGAAUCCAGCUGGGAAAUCGAGUAGUGAUAUCCAAGCUGCUGAAUGUGCUUAUAAUUUGAGGCUCGGUACUCAAGUCUUCGCCUAUUUUGAGAUCGAUUCUACCAAGGCCAAAAACCACGGGGCGCCCUAUGGGACUUGUUAUGCCACCGCGGCUGCUCCGACGGCAUCAGAGUUAGAAGCAAAUGCUGCCUAUGAUGUAUUCUUCUGGAACAAUCUGGGGGGUCAGUCCGGGGUAGGAACUGGGCCUAUCCGAAAUCCGAAAACAGGCGUAGCUGGCUACGAGGAUAGACACGGAGUUUACCACGAUGGUGAAAACCCAGACAAGUCUCCUUGA